GGAGGAGGAGGAGGAGGAGGAGGAGGAAGGAGUUUUUUGUGGCCGCAAUUUUUACUUCGGUUUUCGCAGAGAGAGAUAUCACAUCGAACCUACCCAAAACCCAAAACCAGGAUAUGGCCAGUUCUUCCAUCCUCAGUCUCAGAGCAACCGCCUCUCCCUUUCUCGUUCCGUCAUCUCCCUUCUCCUUCUCUCUCUCUAAGCCACGAUCGUCAUCGCCCUCGUUCUCAGUCUCCCUCAACUCCAUCAAGAUCAUGCAGCAGGGCAGUGAGAUAACAGAGGAGGCGGCCGGGAAGGCCGAGGCCGAGGCCAAUGCGGGCCCGGCGAAGACAGUCUUCGUCGCCGGCGCGACGGGGGCCACCGGCAAGAGAAUCGUCGACCAGCUGCUUGCCAAGGGUUUCGCCGUCAAGGCCGGGGUCCGCGACGUCGACAGGGCGAGAGCGGCCUUCCCCCAGAACAACCCAGCUCUUCAGAUUGUGAAAGCUGAUGUGACAGAAGGGUCCGAGAAGCUGGCUGAAGCAAUUGGCAGCGACUCCGAGGCGGUCAUUUGUGCCACUGGAUUUAGGCCAGGGUGGGAUUUGUUCGCUCCUUGGAAGGUUGAUAAUUUUGGCACUGUCAAUCUUGUUGAAGCUUGCCGCAAACUUGGAGUGAACAGAUUCAUCCUAAUUAGCUCUAUCUUAGUAAAUGGAGCUGCUAUGGGGCAGUUACUCAAUCCCGCAUACAUCUUCCUCAAUGUUUUCGGUCUCACCUUAGUGGCCAAGCUUCAGGCAGAGCAACAUAUCAGGAGAUCCGGAAUAAACUACACUAUAGUAAGGCCUGGUGGUUUGCGUAAUGAACCUCCCAAGGGUAAUAUCGUCAUGGAGCCUGAGGAUACUCUCUAUGAAGGCUCUAUUUCCAGAGACCAAGUUGCAGAAGUUGCUGUCGAGGCCUUAAACCAUCCAGAAUCAUCUUACAAAGUUGUUGAGAUAGUUGCCCGCGAGGAUGCCCCGAAGCGUUUGUUUGAAGAACUGUUUGGUUCCAUUAAGCAGCGGUGAUCUGAUGGAACUUUUCUCAGAGGCAUUACUCACUUUAGUUUUGUCUACAGUAUAUGCGAUGCUACAUAUUGUACAUUGGUUGCAAAGUGCAGAAAUUUGUUGUUCUUCUUUGAUGGGCGAAUACUUUAAUGUUGUGUUAUAAGUAUUCUAUGCUCUGCUCAGGCCGGACGUUAGGUCAUUGAUGUGUCGGAGAAGACUUCCGGAGAAACUGAAUUGAAAUGUAAAUUAACAUGCAGUGGCUGAGGACUUUAGUCCAAAUGACAGCUGAAAUGGACUGAAAGUCAGUUUGGAA